AUGUCCGAUCGAAGUGCGUCCCUUUGUAGAUCAUUUUUCUCAUGAUUUCCAAAUUUAUUUCCAGGCAUAUUCAAAGUUUAUUCUUCCUUGAAUCUCCUUCUGAAACGUACGGAAAAGGUCUCUGAUAAUAACACAUAUGCGCUACUAGGGCUUAAUUUUGAUGCAAAUCUAUGGUUAGUUAUUUGAUCAGCGAAGACGGUACAACCUGCUCUUAUGACACUUUUGUCGACGUUGAAGUACCUGGUACUCCACUCGGAAAGUUCCCUUGCCAGACCGUGCGGCACCUUCGUAACUUAUCGGCAAAUUCGGCCACCCUCAACGCACCACUGAAGCCACUCGUGAGAACGGACUGAUGCGUCUACUAAACUCUGACAAGAGUUUGUUAACCACAACAUUAUUCAUGAAUUUGCAGGAAAGCGUCAAUAGGAGCUAUCAAUUUACGAGUGCAAUGCGACCGUGGGGUAUAUCGACUCGAUUUCGACGUGUUCAGGUAGAGGUUAUUGUUCGAUUGCGAAAUGUCGAGAUCGGGAAGACGACACAAAAUGUUCUAAUGCAAGAAGCGGUUACUUAACUUACAAUGCGAAUACUUUGGUGUACCCUGUGGCGACUGGCUGCUGCUCCAUCUAACAAUUCAAGUGCGCAUACCUGCGCACGUAACUGCUUGUGGUUCUUUAACUAAUCAUAGCUGUCUACCCCAAGUAGUAUUUAGAUUCUGAUUAAUUACACGUGGAGACGAUGUCUUGUCGUAAACUUGUGACAAUUCCGGGAAAUCUACAAAAUAGUGCAACUUUCAUAUUGUCUUCCCAUCUCAACGGGAAUUUUUACUGUGGGCUAUGUAUCCAUGGCGUCGUUAAUGACGUCACAUGACGUAGUUCCUUCAGCCCAUCGUCAUAGCUGGCGUGCUGCCUCUGUUAGGAGUGGCGGUCCUCUCCUUCAAGACUGACUAAAGCCAUUGCUUCAUCAACAGUCGGACUGGAUAACUGGGACUGAAGCACCUGAACAGGAGUUUUCAUUCUGCUACUGCGACCACUUUCUCCCGUCGCUGCCUACAGACCCUUAGCAGGCGUUGCGGUUUUAAAGCUUGCCAGCACUCCCCAACUUUGGAAUAGAGUGCGGCUUCGGCCGUGCCAGCCUCCAAAUCUCUGUUGUGUUGGUUGAAAUCCUGGUUAUUGCUGUGUGGACCAGGGGGUGUGGUGGAACGCCAAGGUGAGGAUCCGUCCGAGCCAUCCACCUGCGGCCUCCCUCGUCUCCGGUCUUCUUGACUCUGUCUUGACACCGGGUCCAGGCGGGGGAGGAGGAGAGAGUGUAGGUAGAUGCUACGCAAGUCUACCGGCACUAUAAACCCCUGCGUAAGUCACCGUCCCUGCUCCCAUUGCUGCUGCAACUGUGGGGCACACGGUGGACAUCAUCGAAACCGAUGGUCGAACUGUCAGUCAUCAAACCCGUUUAAUUUUUAUGCAUAAGGUGGCUAGGUCUGCGUCCACCGGGAAGAAUGCGUACAUAGACGAGGGUAAGGGCGCACAGCCGAUUAUGUCGCCGAUGUCAGCUUCCAACACCUUCGAGAGAACUCUCCAAGGAUGAUGAAAUAGUCAGAUGUGCUAGUCAAAUCUGAGUAUACAUCCAUCGGGAUCAAUAAAUAUGUUCUAACGCUCUUUUAUACUUCUUUCAACUUAGAAGCCUGAACUCAGUACGUGCUCACCCCGCUCAUCAACAUUGUUUGUAGGUGAUGACCACCGCUAUGCCUACGAGAAAGCUUGGGUUUAUGCGGCUCUUUUAUUUCAGUUCUUUCAACCUCGGUCUUGUUCAAGCGCCUAAAUAUAUUCGUCGGAAUGUGGGAUGCCUUGUGUUGUGAAUUUCCCUGUUUGCUCACACGACUUUCGAAUGGAAGCGAAGUAAACGAGUCAAGGAGGCCGUGGCUUUGUACAUCAUCGAAGAUGUGCAUAGAGAAUAUUGGUAUAAUAAAGCAGGGGUUCCUGCCCACAUAUAAAUUCACUUUUACGCUUAAGAGGGUUCCCUAGCUACCUGUAUUAAUUUAUAUUGAUGAUGAACAACGGAGGUCAGUCAAACAACUGCAUGAGUGCAGGUGAAUAAUAAAUAUCAGCAUAGUAAUACCCCUACAGGAGCAACAAAGCUGAGCUAAAGUAGAAACCUCCCAUACUUUGUGCCGCUUUAUAAAUCGAGCUCGCUUCAACAUCUGCCUCAAAUAGAAAAAUCGGCUGGCAAGUAGAGGUUAAUGAGGUUGACUGCUCGUUUAUGACUUCCACUGCGGAGAGACAAAUUAAACGCGUUUUUUCCGACCUCCUGCUUCCGAAUGUCGAUGAAGCAAAGUAGAUUUGGUGAGUGGUGGAAAGUCGUAGACGAGACCCAGAUUGCGGGCUGGUGAUGGGGGACUUCCUGCUCUAUGUUCACUACUCUCUGAACCAAAAUUUUUUCCUUCUACUCCCUUUCGCCGUCCUCCAUGUUGGCUAGAUACUAUACGUCUUGUGCAGAUAAAAAACUGCAGUAAUACGACGGUAAUUGCCACGACGAGGAACAACAUUCUUAUUUCAAUUUUGUAGUGAAUAGUUGGUGAUCUCGAUAAACCUCUGACGGCUUAGGAUUACGCGUAAUUAUGGGCCCGCGUCUUCCAGUUCAUUUGGACGGUGCGGUACUGGAGCACUAACAAGUGUCCGAUGCGUCUGCCUUUGAUUUUGUGCCAUCCUUGUCGUAGUUCAAAAAGUCUGGUCAUCGCACCAGUUGCAUUUUUUUAGUCCAUUACUUUUUCGAGAAUCCUCAUCGCGAUACCUGUAACCUAGUGAAGUGUGGAUUCCUAGUCUUCUGCAAGCGCCCUAACCUGUACACUUUUAGACAUUCUGUUGUUGUAAACUGGGUUAUCCCAUUCCAUACGUAGCAAACAUCAGGGAAAGCGGAAAAAAGCACUACUCCAUUUCAUAUUUGAGAACACACCAAAACCAAAUUGGAAUAAGGAUGAGGUCUUCGCAUUGGAAAGCUGUAUAGACAAUUUCCAAGCUAUGGGCCAAAUCGCCUAAAACUUUAUCGGCCAAGUUGGUGCGAGGAGUUCAACAACAAAGCGGAUAAUAAGCCAACCUUACGGACCAGCGGAGAUGUCCCGUUUCGGUCUCAUCUCGGGUGUCACCUCCAGUGAUCGUUUUUCGUUAGUUUAUCUUGUACACCUAAGGAACAUGACAAUUCUUAUCAGAGUCCCAUACCACGAAACCUCGCUCUUAACCUACUACGUGUCUUUUCGCUCUUAAUUUGCCUCGAGAAUGCCGUUAAUUCUGCGCAAGCAGAGUAAGUCCUGUUCGCGUGCUAAAUUGAAGCGCAUAUCUUUGAUAAGCUGGGUCUUGUAACAAAUUACUACUAAGGGCUUUGUCAUCAACUGGCUUGCAGAACCUGUAGUAACUUCCCACUACAAAGACAGAAUCAUAUAAUUUCUUCAAAAUGAGACACAAUCUCAUCCAGAGUUCUUUUAUAAAAUGCUAGUAGACUUAAAGUCCAUCUAAUCCUACGUGCAGUACUCUCCCCUCACCAUAAGCAUUAAUCACCAGAGUGCUCAUGGUACCAAUUUUAGCCGUUUAACCUAACUGUGUCCACACUCAACACCUUUGUCGAAAACGAACAUCCCAACAGUUUCUCCACUCUUCAGCUCUUUGAUCUAUUCUUUGUGUCCUAGUCCUUUACGCUAUCUUAUAUUGAUUUUUUUGGUCGAAGGCCUUGUAUUAAUUAUCAUUAUAAAAUCCAAGCUUCUAUUUUCAAGUUAUUUUCCAUCCUAAAAUUGCUUUUAUGAAGGUCAUCACUUCCAUGUCAAGGUUGGGAAAAGUUUUGUUUGGUUAGCUGUUAUUUCUGAUCGCAAUUUCACCCUAAAUAUUUUUGUGCAGGUAGACAAAGACUGACCCCACAAGAGGAGGCCGUCCUUCAAGCAUUCAAUAACUUAAAUGUAUGUAUUUAUUCUGCCACUUUUGAUCAGACUUUAUUUCCCACAACAUCGUACUUACUGCAACUAGCCUUCUCUAUGCUUCAUCUUUUUGACUGAGACUAGACGUGAUUCGUCACUUUAGUUGCCUUAUCGCGUUCAGUCAUCCUUAACCAUUUUUGCUUCAUAUUCCCCUUGGUUUUACAAGGAUAUCUAUAUCGGCUUGGACCAAACUUACUGUGAGGACUAUGGAAGCGUUAGUUCGGUCUCAAUAAUGUCCAAUUUAUUCCUAUAACGAAAUUGACUAUUUAUACAAUACGCAAAUCAAGUUAUAUUAGCGUAUUUUCGGGCUCGGGUUAGGUCGUGAAUGCUCUGACAACAUAUUCACUCUACGCCUAAAACUGUAGAACCUUCUCUCUUAUUAGCAUCUUGUAAUCGUUCUUGUAUCUAAGUACACCAUUCCAUUGUUUAAAAUUUACUCUAUUUUCUUCCUCAGACAAGUCCGCCAAGGCUCAGUGGUCACCAUCUUUGUUAAGAUUCGCCAUAAUCGCAAUAGAGGUUCACAGCAUUUUUCAUACUCUAAGGUAGUCUGCGAGAAACUCAUCAACGGUGCCGCCCUACAUUUCUCGGAUUCUGUCUAAGCACACGCGUUUUUAAUUGACAAAAAGCCUUCUGUUCGUACCUGCCGGACUUUCUUAACUCCUCCAGGGUGCACGCUCCUACUUGGGUUUAUUUGGCCGACUCCUCCUAUAGCCGUUACCCGUUUCUGUCAAGUUUUGGGGAAUAAUGAAAAUCCAGACUCAAAUUCGUCUGUGUCUAAACCAAUCUUAGUCUAAAAUGCAUUUUAUUUGACUGAAUAUUCACUCUUAAACCUCUUAUUUAGGCAAGUAUUACUGCUCAGUAAGGGACCCUACCACUUUUGAGGGAUCUGAUAAUUUAGAUGACAAAUUCAACCAUCCGGAGUUGUAACUGCCAGAUCCGAAUUUAUUAAUAGUGUCCCCAACCUUUACAUUUGGCGAGGGCUGGACCUGCUCACAUUUUUCAAAGCUCCAUUCUUCUUCUUAGUGCCCACUUGUUUUUGGGUCAGUAGUUGUGUUUAACGGAUUCGACUGUCACCUGCUUCCUCAAUAUGGUCGAGCAAGUCUUUUGUGCCUCGCUCACAACUAUGGGUGGUUUAAAGCGCGUAAUUAUUGUGUGGCUUCGUCUUUUAAAGUGGUCAAUUUGCCUCUGAGCGAUAGCAGUGCUUUGACGAAAUUUUAUUGGCCUUACGGGCAACAAACCAUCGCAUCUUCUGUAUCAAGUUCUCCCACCAUUCUUUGCACAUCAAAGGAGUAACGUAGUGCUCUGUAUGAUUUACCACUUCCGGUUCUUCUAUCACAUCGUCUAACAUCGUUUCGCCCGAAUCCAGUCUUUCACAGACCCCUACCUCCAUAGAAAGAGGCAACCUCUGUGAGCCAUGGCCAUUACCUCCGUAUAAAAGCUACUUUGUCCGAAAACCCCACUUCAGUUAACCUUCCGUAUUAAAAGGACUUCGCAAUGACAUUUCCGGGCUCCGGACCUUUUUUUACACGCGACUAAAAGAUAUCCCACACUAGGAAAACACCCUUUGGGUCUGGCAUCAUGCCCCUGCAUUUAGGUAUGCCUUUGUGAGGCUCAACAAGGUUAGCCAUUGGUGAGAGAAGAGCAGAUGAGGCUGCGUAGUUCUUACUAAGGGCAUGACCUAAUUAGUUAAUGGGGAUAGUAGGCACCCUGCUGGGGUGAUAGGUGGGUGGUGACUAAUCAGCUGCCAUGGCGCAGCACUUGACAAGUGACCCUUCACACCAGUCAAUGGGGCAUCCGAGGUUGGUCUUUGCCCCGGAAAUUACGCGGACUGGACACUCAUUCUUCUCAUAAAGCGGCUGCCGACACAUGUAAACCGCCUCAAUCAUGCGUUGACGUCGCUUUAAUGAGGCUUUUCGUACCCUCCGCACCACUAUAAAAGCGGUAGCUUCCGCCAGGUCAGGGGACACCUGUCAGGACAAAUGCCCGCCGUCUACAAUAAAUUAAAACGUGUUUUGGCCUCCUCGCGGGCAGGAUUUAUGAGUUAUUUGAAGAUGUCUUCUCCGGCGGAAGCGUGGCUGCAUCCGAUAACUUAGCUUCGCUCCCAGCAAUCUUGACCAUCUUCUUCGAUGUAGUCUCUAUUUAUCUUCAUUGUGCUUUAACACAUUUAAAUUGUAGUUGGGCUAAUUAAAAGAACCUUUUACAGAUUCCCUUCCUGCUGUACUCGGACACCCCACCAAACUUUUCAGGCCUCUUUUAGCCAGCUGUCCAUUUCGCUCGUCAUUUUCCCCUAUUUACUGUCCCUUAGCGAUGCGAGGAUCGUCCAGCAGUUAUCAGCCGUUCAUUUAUGAACUUUCUUAAACCUCAACAGGUAUUGAAUAAAGUAUUUUAACCCACUUUCCUUUCUUAAUACUGCGGUCAAACAUUUGAUAAAAGCUCCUCAGGCACGAUUCAGUAACGGAGGACUUUCUUUACUUCUUACCCAGCACCUAACAGUCGACUUUUUAAGGUUAGUUCAGUGAGUCGAAUUGGCAAUCGUUCGCAGCAGGAGUGCUCUAAGAUCAUAAUUUAGCUUCCACGUGAGACUGGGCAAAUGCCUGUUUUCACUGCACGCAUACCCACCUCUAAUCAGGACCUAGUCUUACUACUGGCACACAAAUGUACCAGGAGAGCAGGGUCGGUUUUGCGCAAACGUACAACCUAACCCUCACCUAAGUCAUCACUUCCCUGAAGUUAUCGUCUCAGAAAGACGGACUCGGUCAAUUCCUCGGUCUCUCACUGCGACUUGGCCCGUUUGCUGUCAAGUUACCAUUUGAAAACUAAUGAACGACAAUUUUCUAGUUAGUUGCCAAGUUUCACUUUCUCCAUUUCAAACUCUGAUGUUAAUCUUGCAGCUCAUAGUGCUCAGUCUUCUCUUGGUUACUCUUCAGUUACGUCUGAAGUUCACUGCUAAUUUUCGCUCUCCUUUGCAGGCAAGACUCCAGGGUCAUAUGGCUGAACGGAAAGGUAAGAAUUGUACGAUUGUUUUUCGUUUUCUUUUAAUUUUAACAAUUUAUGAGACCUUACUACACUGGCGCAGGAUAUUUAAACACGCGGGUCCCUCUUCUACCCUAUUUUUUUAAUAGCACUUAUUUUCGCAGAUGUAGGGGAAGUGGUAAGGUUCCUCUACGUAGUGCCGACGUUGGUACCACGGUGGAUGUUAGUGUGUCUAAUAAACUUAAUGCAAGAUGACUUUAGGGCCAUGCUAGAGGGGUUACGUGUUGAACCAUGUUAUUUUAGUAUUACAUAUUUACUGCUUCUGAUUUCGUAUAUCCGGCGUGUUUCGAAGGCUGCUGCACCGUGUUUUACAUCCAGGUCGCUACACCGGCCAGUCCUCAGCAGGGGUACUCCGCAUUCUUUAUUUAUUUCGGGACAUCUGGAUGAGAUCUCAAAUGUUCCCAUGUCGCCCUGCCUUCGUCCACUCUGUCGAUGAGUGCUUGCUACAAGGUCUCCGCUUUUAAACUAUCACAGUGCACUAAAAGCCAUGCCUUGGAAGUCUGCCAGCUCACAAGAUAACCCAGUACUCUCAGAACGGAGAGUCAGACUGCAAUGGCUCCUUAGUGUGGCCCCUAUGGCAUUCAUACUCAGCUUGGAUCCGAGCCCCCCUUGUUUCUCUAUCUGAUAUUUUGUGCGCGGAUCAGGCGCGUGUGACCCGCGCAGAUGGACUGUUUAGCCCGCCUCUAAUCUUUUUGCCUCCUUGACAUCGGGUUCAGGUGACUAAGGGAGGAGAGAGUGCGCUAGAUACAUCUUGUCAUCACGUUCCCUGGAACAGAAAGUUGGUUCGUCCACAGUUUAAGGGCUGCCCUACUUGCAGGUUACCGCUUGAAUUGAGUUGAUGUCUAUGGCUUUUCUAUUUAGAGUUUGCUGAAUUAUCCUAAUCCUACUUUGGAGGGAGUGUAGCUACCUAGGUCAACGUUGACAUUGACUUAAGAGAGUUUAUUGAUGCCUAUCUCACAUUCUGGGGAUGAUGGUUAUGGAUUUGCCUGAAAUACUCGACCCAAUACUCCAUACUUUGCAGUUUUAGAGACUUUGCUGCCCCCGUGUUGCGUGGAGCGGGGGCACAGUUUUGGCUGUUAUAAAAAGCCUCGAUGUCGGCAAAAAGUUCUUUAUCUCCCCGCGGUAAACAUACCUCUGAACUUCCUUUUCUAACCGAGCCAACCAGUUGGCCUGCUUCUCUAACACCUGCCGCUUUUGGUACUUGUCUGCAUCGGGAGAAUUCGGUUCUUUUUGCAGCCGUGCUGCUGUCCCAGUAUGUUGAGUACGGCUUCUGUGUCAGCGAGAGACGGCAGCAUUUCUGUAUCAAUGGCAUUGAGCCAACCCUGGUGUCGUCUACUUAUUGGUCAAAGGACCCGCUUGACAGUGAUGUUGGCGGCUCUCUGUGGUUACCCCACUUUUCUUGCUACCCGCAUCCUCCAGAACUUGCAUUUGUUCCGGUUUGGUGUUCAUAUUGCUGGCUAACUUUGUUCUGCGUUCAGUUGGGUCCAAUAUUGCGGUAUUGGCUUUCCUUUGUGCUCCUAUAGCCAGAACCCGUCUCCGCGGUGAGAUUUGCAGCUUCGUCAUCGAAGUGAGUAGGCAAUAGUCUGUCCAACACUGCGCACAUUGCCUCUAUCGCCGGUCGAUCUGGGUGAUCUUGCCUCCGGAUGAGCUCAUUGCCCAGCCGUUGUCAGUGACAUUAGCGUCCCCCUUUUGAGCAUUGAGACACCAGAAGACAGUGCUUGUGAUGAUGAGGUUAUGUUCCGCGCAAAUGUUUUGGAAAAGUCUACUGCCGUUACAGCGCCCACUACGUGAUACCAUGGCACUUUCCGGUAGCCUGGUCAGAGCCGAAGCAUUCAUCGAAAUUCUCGAGACCAGUAGAUUUGUUCGCCUUCGGCAUAAAGGACGGGGAAGAAUUUAUUUGCGUCCUCACGAUGUGUCGCCCUCGGAGAGUAAAUGCUGACUGCGACGCCAAUUUUUUUUCGUAUGGAAGGCGAACCUCGUUGCUACGACUAUGCGAUGCAGCAAUCAAUUUCUUAACGGUGUUUCUUAACUGUCUUAGGACGUAGGCAGAAUGUUAUUACCGACGCAGACAAGGGAGACUGGAAUGUCCAUUUCUGGCUUAUUAGCCGUCGUCAGCCGGUCAUACCGAACCCCGAGGUGUGGACCACCUGGGGCUCGAACUCGUGACCUGUUAGUUAGAAGUCCAACGCCUGUAACCACUGGGAACGAGUGAGUUCCGUAAGAACGAUCGGUGAGCGCCUUAGGACGGUCGUUCCAGAAAAAAAAACGAUGUCCUGCCCCAACAUCAUUUAGCUGUCCUUCAUAGCAGCAAAUCUCCCGAAAGACGGUGAUAUCAGUCCUGUACCGGGACUCAUUCGCAACGGCCGGCGUUGUCGUCAAUUGUCGACGCUUGACCCCUGCGUUAUAUAAAAGCGAACGGACACAUCAGACUGACAGAGUGAGCGAUGAUGGUUAUUGGUUUUUUUUUAGUUUGUCGUCCACCCGCGGUCAGUUGUGCAAAGAGAUGAACGCCAGCAAUCACAGGACACCUUCCCUAACCGCACUCCGUGGACUUGUAAGCAGGGUCGCCCUCAGUAGGACUGCUUGGACACACAAAUUGCUGUUUACUUGGCGUAUGGCUCACUUUCUGUCUAAUUAGAUCUGGAGCCAUGUGGUAAUGAAAGGGUGGUCGCCUGUAUUCGGGAUGGUAGGCAUCGUACAAAACAUAAGCGAUACUUGGGUCGCGAUCGGUGAGCACCCCUCUACCAUUGUGCAUACCCGAUCGCAACCCACAGGACGACGAGCCUGUGGCUCAGUGGCCAGGACCUUGAACUUCUAACCAACAGGUCGCGGGAUCGAGCCCCAGGUGUUACACACUUCGGGAUUGGGUAUCGUUAGUUGAAAACGACUAAUAAACCAGAAAUGAUCAUUCCAGUCUUCCUUGUCCUUGUCGGUAAUGCUAUUCUGCCGAUACAUGGAUCCUCGACAAGACCCGACCCUAUUCAUCGACAGUGAAGCGUAUGUAAGCUCGACCUGUGUUAGGCGAAAUUGAUUAAUUUUGGUAUGCCAAACUUUAGUAUCUAGUAGUGCAUGUCUGUUCUAAAGGAGUACCUUUUCUGAGCCAGCCCUCCCCGACCUGCCACUUUUCGUUAACCCAUGCAUUACCUCUGUAAUGUUCCUAACCUGACAUCUUUGUGCAUCGUUGCCAAAACUCGCAGGCAUUUGAAAAUACCUUUACGCCGAAAUUAGUACUGUAUUCUUCCUUCCUGAGCACACCCUCUUAAUACAAGUCAAAGUUACCUGACAGGUCAUCACCCCAUCUGCUGAACUACACUGGCGUUUUUAUUUAAACUUGAAAGAAAAUUUCGUGUUUUCCCGAAUGACCAAAUCUAGAUGUCGGCACCGGUAUGUCACCUCGUGUACCUCAGUACUGCCCUCCUACCCCCACCAGUUCAAAUCAUGCAGUGAAGUCUGCUCCCUGUGCAUUGUCCAAGACCGGGAAUCUUGCUUUGUCUGACGCCAGGUGGGCUUUUGUUGGCCACUCGCCUUCGUUCGUUUUCGUAAUGUUGCUCUCGUCUGCUGGCCACUGUGCACACCCUCAGUUGCUUUUGUUAAUUUUAUAUCCCUUUGCCCGCCCCCCCCCCUCCCUGCCCUGUUAAAUAACUUGAACGCUCCCUGUGAGGCAUAUCACAGGAAUGCAAAUACACUGUUUUAACCGUUUCAGGCAAUCGAAAACCUCUCACCGAAGUAAGCAUGCUCUCCGCGAUCAUCAGCGUCAUCGCUCAAAGGAGAAUAGGCCACAACCGCCUCCUGUUCGAGUAUUUGACCCCGCAAACGUUUAUGCCAAAACGACGCCCACACUGAGAAAGGCGUCUGCUGUUCGCCGUGCCGACCCUGCAUCCGAUCGUCCCGUUCUACGCACUCGACUCCUACCUAACCGGACAAGGCACUUAGAUCGAGGACCUCUUGCUGCUAACAGACGCAAGGUUACCUGUUUAUGGCACUUCCUGCUUUUGACUUCACUCCAAGACAUGUUUUUUCCACAUUCUUUCAGUCUUUAGCCUCGUUUGUGCAUGGAAAUUCCAUGUCAACGGUACCAGUAGCUAUUUAGCAUGUUUUUAAAAUGGCACAAGACUCUUUGGCCUCUGAGCUUUGCUUACGCCGUCAUGCACUUGUAUCAUCACCCUGUGUGGGGUUGUCCUCUCCGAAGUUUACCUUCCCUCACUUUCGUUUGCUUCAGUCAUUCGAAGCCCGUUUUGGCUCGUUAAUUGCGCGAAACAAUUAUGCGCAUGCAGCGCAGAUGGUCGACAGACAUGUCUCCUCCGUGUCACAAUGUUUGUGUUUCUUGUCUUCUAAUAUGGCAGUCAGGUUCAGGUGGACAGGGUGAGGAUGUAAUAAGCCUGAAGCGGCCUGUUUCGAUGUGCCUGCAUCUCUGGUGACAACACCUGCUGUCAUACCUUGACCGGGUUCAGCCUAGGAGGUAAUGACCCACUCAUGACCUGCCAUGCUUCCGGAGCUUUUUCCUUGGAAGAACUGGAUUACGCUUAUUCCUGUAAGGCCAUAUUUCUGUCCCAACUUUUGAAGCAGCGAUAUCAGCUACCCAUCUUCAGGGAAGUGGGAAUCCUGUACGCAGCUCCCAGUCCGUGCCAUGUAGACUGCAUGCGCAUUUUGCUUGUGGUGUAGGUUGCCAAUACCGACUGUGGUUAGAAUCGAACCAUGCUCCACUGAGGUCUAUUUCGUCCCCGUCCCUGGUCGUGGCGGGGAUUUGUGGCUCUCACGGUCUCAAGCCUUAACUGCCGCUGGUCAGAUAGGGGGCAGGCGAGUUUAUGUGGCGACUUUUUGCACUUGUCCUGAUUAUUACCUCGGUCCACAGUCUCAACGGCAUCAAGGUCUAAUACUUGUCCCGUCUCCAUAUUGUAGAUUUCCUUCAUUGAAUUCUUGUCUAGCCUCCGAACGACCAGCCGAUUUUUAUUCAUUCUCUUUUGCAGCCGUCGACGGGUUUCUCUGAGGUGGUUGCCCUCUGAAACUGCACUAAAGUCGGUAGACAACAGUUGGCUUCUAGUGAAGAACGAGGCAUCUUCGCUGCAUCUCUUGCGGUGGUAUUUAUUAAGGUCUCCGGGUGACUCCUCGGAGUGUCCUGGCGGAACACGCCACGAUCCCGAAGAGCUUUUACUCACAUCAUGCCCCGUCAUGAUCCGGUUUAGUUGGCCCUUUUGAGCUCUUGGCGGCGCUUGAUCUCGUCUCGUUUGACGACUGUCAUACUGCAGAGAGCUUCCAGUCACCAGAAUGAUGUGUAUGCAGCUUUGUUUGUAUUGUAGUGCGCGGUUGUUGUAGGUUAAUAUUUACAGCUGUUUGCAGGUCCCCUGUAUACUAUAGUCGCCACCUGAUUAUCAGGUUGCCGGCAGACGAGUACAUUUGGAAACGGGUCUGUCCUCCGUUUCCUCAACCGGAGACAGCAGAUCCAGGAGGGUUGAGUUCAUUUUUCACGGCAGUCAAUUUUGCCUUGAUUGAUAAUGACAAAAGUGUCGCCAGCCUAUCACGCGCAAGAUUCUAAUUUUCCCCCAAACAGCCGUCAUUCGGAUUUUAAGGGACCACACCAAUAAUGGACCUGAAGGUUAGUACCUCCAUUAGGGUGCCCUUGACCUACUCAUUUGUUUCAUUGAUGGGUUGCCGAGAUUGCUGUAAGAAACUCAAAAACACAACUCAUCCCCUCCCGGUGUGUGCACCUCCCCUUUCGAAUCUAGUGCAGUUUGAGAACGCACUUUGAGCGUUUUUCUCGGGCCUAUAUUUUCUCGUCAAUUCACACACGUUGUCUUUUAAGCGUUCGUCAUCGUAGAGCUCGGACGCCCUGUCCGUACGCAUGUGUUUUAUGUCGUACCCACUAUUAAGUGGGCGGCGGAAGCUAGCACAGUUUGCUCGUUUUAUCCUGGUGACACUUCAGCCUCUGUUGUGUGAUAGGAUGCGAUGUUUUGUGGCCUUACCUGCCAUCUCCAUGCUAUGUAUAACUCGACGAGGCGGCUCAAACCCGUUCCUUCGAGUCAUUUUGUUCAUGCGGAUCGUACCAAGAGGCCGCUGCCUCUCUGUCAACCCACACCCUGAUGACACCCUACUUUAGCCUACGUUGAAUGCAGGUUUUGUACAGUUUGGGAAGGAUAAGGGGGGUUAGGCAUCCCGAGCUAAAACUGCUGGUGACGCCUGCUCGGUUGCCCCUGUUAGACGGUACUUGUGAAUAUAUUAGGAACACAUGUUUCGCCCCUGAUGUAGGUACGGCCGUAACGUGUGGUCCGGGUUGUGGAAUCGAAACACUGUACUCGGUACACAUAAGCUCUAUCGACCUCGCGAUAUGUUGUGUUUCGUUUGUGCUGUUGUUGAAUGGUGCCAGCACGCCUUUUUGUCAUUUCUCUUGCUCCCUCACCAGGUCAAAGUCUUAUCCGCAUUCUUGCGCGGGCAAUUCAUUGCUUUGUGUACUGUCUGUUCUUGUUAUAACUGUAAGACUACUAACUACGCUUCUGCGACCUUUUCUGUAUUUAACUUUUUUGGAUUUUUUUAUCCCUUCGAGUAGAGCAGCCGUUAUUAACCGGAUUUUGUUCCAGCCCAAUUUUAUAACUUUUGCGCCUGUCAGACUACUUUCAAAGUCUGCCCUUGUUAAUUUUUCGUAGGUGUUCGAAGUCCCUGUCGCUGCUGUCAGCAAUGAACCGACGCACAUCUUCAAGGUCUCCUCCGUUCUGAAACUUCUCCCUGCUUGGGAGCCCUGCUCGAACUCGGAAUAG